AUGGUGGUGAUCCUCGCUGUGAUGUCCCUGGUCAUUCUCUCCGUCAUCGUCCUCACUCCAGAUGAGUCGCACCUGUUACUGCGCUCCCACCUCACCAUGGAGGACAUCGAGAGUGAAGAGUUCAAAGUCCAUGAUCCCUCAGUGGUUUGGUUGAAUGAUAAUGAAGUUGGACUGCGCACCAGAGAGGGCCAUGUGUUAUCCUUCAGCCUGAACAGUAAUAUCACCACCACUCUGCUGGACAACUGCUCCCUGGAUUUUUCUAAGACCAGGUUCCAGGUGUCUGCAGACAUGAGGUUUGUCCUGUUGGCGUACAACAUCCGACCGGUGUUCACUCAGUCCUUCACAGCCUCCUAUGCCAUCUACAAUGUGGCGUCAGGAGAGCUUCAGGACCUCGGGCCUGCGGACAGAGAGAAGGCCGUGCUGCAGUACGCCUCCUGGGGACCACAGGGGAACCAGCUGGCCUAUGUGUUUGAGAGAGAUAUCUACUACAAACAGAGCGUGACAGCCAGACCCCUGCGCUUAACCACCACCGAGCGCGAAGAGCGACUGAUCAACGGCCUCUCCGACUGGACCUAUGAAGAGGAGAUUCUUCUUACAUACGUUGCACAUUGGUGGUCUGAGGACGGUGCUCGACUGGCCUAUCUCUCCAUCAACAAUUCCGCCACUCCUGCCAUGGAAAUACCACACUUUUUAGGCAGCCUUUACCCUUCCAACAUCCUCUUUCCUUACCCAAAGGCUGGUUCGAACAUCCCAUCUGUGAGUCUUUUUGUAGUCAAUCUAUACGGCCCGGCUCACACUCUGGAGAUGAUAGCCCCAGACUUUCUCAAAUCCAGGGACUGUUACAUCUCCAUGGUGACGUGGAUCAGCAGCACGCGUCUGGCCGUUCGAUGGCUCAACCGGGUUCAGAACCAGUCGGUGCUGUGUGUGUGUGAGGCCACCACCGGAGCCUGCUCAGAGCCUGCCACUCCGACUGUACCUCCACGGUUCUUGACAUCGGGGAACUGGGAUGUCGCCUCGCUGUGCGCCCUGGACGAGAAGGCUGCGAAAAUCUAUUUUCUGAGCACAGAGGAGUCCCGGCAGAGCAGGCAUCUGUACAGUGUGGAGUUAGACGGAGUGUUCCAGCGACAGUGCAUCACAUGUAAACUGAUCGACGGGUGUCAUUUCUUUAAAGCUGUCUUCAGCCCCAACAACACUCACUUCAUCCUCUCCUGUCUUGGAUAUGUGUUGUUAGAGGAUAACAGUCCUCUGGCUAAAGCCCUGGAGGAUAAGCACCUACCAGAAACAGUGUUCCAGACCAUUUCAACAGAAAACAAUGUCUUGCAUCUGAAGCUGUCUCUACCACAGGGAUAUGAAGCAAAUCUUUACCCGCUUCUUGUCUUGGUAGACAACAUUCCUGGGAGCGUUUCGGUGACAGAAGAGUUCCAGCUGUCAUGGCCACAGGUGCUGGUCAGUGCACACAGUGUGGCCUUGGCACGAGUUGAAAGCCGGGGCGUCCGUGGACAAAAGACGGCAGCAGCGGACCCUCGCAAGAUUGGCUCACUCAGGGUCAAAGACCACCUGGCUGCAGUAGAGUGGCUCAUGCAGCUCCCUUUUAUCGACGAUCGGAGAAUGGCUCUCUAUGGAAAGGCAUUUGGCGGUUAUUUAACUCUGAAAAUGUUAGCUGCUACAGAUAACAUGUUUCAAUGUGCUGCUACAGUCGCUCCGAUCACAGACUUCAGACUCUACAGUGCAGCCUUCUCAGAGAGAUACUUGGGCCUUCCUGCAAAAGAGGAGCACGCUUAUUCGAUGGCUUCAUUGUUGGGGGAGAUAAACAAACUGAAAGAUGAACAUUUCCUGAUAGUCCACGGAACAGCAGAUGCCAGGGUCCACUUCCAGCACAGUGCAGAGCUUCUUAGUCGCCUGGUGAAGGUGGAGGCCAACUACUCUCUGCAGCUGUAUCCAGACGAGGGCCACAUCCUGAAGGACCCACGCAGCAUCCUUCACUUCCAGCGCACUGUGGUGAACUAUCUGCACACCUGUCUGCACCACAUUGUGCAUCCAGAACCAGAGGAGGACGAUGACGACGAGGACGACUGA